GUAAAGUAAAUAAAAGAGGGGAGCGUGUAGAAUUUCGUGAUUCUUCGAAAGAUUAAUUCCACUUCCGUCUAAAAUGGACCAUCCACGGCCGUGUGGUUGCAAAGGCCGCCGUACUUGCCUCAACUGCGAGAAGGACUUCCAGAUAGAUCGGGUGGACUUUUUAAGCGUAUUCAAGAACUCCAAAGCCUAUUCGUUUUGUCCCCGGUGCAGUAAAAUCUUCCCGGGAUGGGACACGGAUAAAGUGAUGUCCGAACACGACCAGAACCACGGAGGUGAUCCGGGGAAGUACUAUCCGGGAGUUUACAUCGAUCUGAACUUUCUGACCGAAGUCGAAGAAGCGGAACUGAUGAAGGGCAUCGAUGAGAUGCCAUGGGAUAUGUCCCAAAGUGGCAGACGGAAGCAAAACUUUGGCCCGAAGACAAAUUUCAAAAAGACCAAACUUAGAGUUGGGGCCUUUGAAGGGUUCCCGAAGUUUUCGGAAUUUGUCCAGCGUAAAUUCGAUCAAGUACCGUUGAUGGCGGAAUUCCAAUCUAUAGAACAGUGCUCCUUGGAGUACACUCCGGAAAGGGGGGCCUCUAUUGAUCCCCACAUCGAUGACUGCUGGAUUUGGGGCGAAAGGAUUGUGACGGUGAAUUUCCUCAGCGAUUCGGUGCUUACCAUGUCCAGGUAUCGCAUGGAGGAUGGUAAGAAUCGAUACAAUUUGGAUUUUGUCGACCGGUAUAAGGAUAAAUUGAUCGGUGACCUGGUCGAUGAGGAAACAAUGGACACAUUUGACGAUGUGAUAGUCAGAAUUCCGAUGCCAAGGCGAUCUCUUCUUGUCAUGUACGGGCCACCGAGGUAUCAGUGGGAGCAUUCGGUCCUACGGGAGGAUAUCAGCGAGCGACGUGUGUGCUUGGCCUAUCGUGAAUUUACACCGAUGUAUUUGCAGGGUGGCAACGAAUACGACAAAAGUGAGGAAAUUUAUCGACGGGCGAAAAACUUUUGGAAUCAUUUAGAGGUUUCCAACAAUAGUUGA